AUGAAUCGUCCAAUUACCUCCUGCCUCACCUGUCGCCGUCGCAAAGUUCGAUGUGACCGUCUGACGCCGGUAUGCUCGGCCUGCCAAAAAGGCCAUUAUAACUGCGCCUACCAGUCAUCCGGUUCCCCGCAGAGGAGGUCGUUUUCUCCUUCAUCCAUCACCAGAACCGUUCGAAGUCGACGAACUGUUAAAAAGACUAGGUCCGCAGAAAGGUCGUUAGACGGACUGCAAGCUCCCUCUAUCUACCAAAGAACUACUCCAUUGGAAUCAUGUGCGAAUUCCCCUCGUUCUGAGUCUGCUCCGGUUGAAGAAAAGAAGGAUCACAGCCAGUCAAAUGGCGUGCUCAUCCUUGAUGAAGAGUGUUCUCGUCUUGUAUCACCCUUGCAUUGGGCAUCAGUCAAAGAAGUCAGUGGAUCUGGACAACUGGGUAGUGCCAUUAACCAAUCAGGGAAUGGGCAAGCGCCUGACCUCAAGGAUGUGGUAAUGGACCGCACAAAGUCAACAGACCUGACAGCUCUUAGUCACCAGUAUUAUGGUGGCUGCAAGCAUCCUUUGCCAUACAACGUGCAUCCUCCUCACUCGUCAUUUAUGGGUCUACUGUUGGGCUCAGGGUUAAAUGACAACCAGAUUGCGCUUUAUUACCCAGAAACUUUAGCUGAUUGCCAAUUUUUCCUGGACACUUUUACCAAGAAAGUUGAACCAAUAAUUCAUCUCGUGCACCAUCCAACCCUACAGCAGCAUUUUCAAACAUAUUUAUCAAGCUUGGAAAUUUAUGCGUCGCCGGCAUUCAAAGACCUCUAUGGAUUGGAGAGGCCCAGUCACUUCGAGCCCCUGGCAUUUGGGAUCUUUUUUUCGGCCGUUUAUAGUAUGGAUCCGACAGCAGUGGAAAUCAGAUUUGGUACAUCCAAGUCGGGUCUACUGCGGAGAUUCCAAAAUGGUAUUGAGCUAGCACUAGAAAAGCAGGAUUUGCUCUCCAGUCCGGCUAUUCCAGUUCUCCAAGCCUUUGUCCUUUUCCUGACAUGUUUGUGCCGUGAUGAUGAUAUUCAACGUGUGUGGGCGCUGGUUGGAUUGGCCAUCCGGAUUGCACAGUCUCUGGGUCUCCAUCAAGAGCCAACUCUGUACCCAUCAAAAAAGAUGGAUGCCAUCCAAGUUGAAGUCCGACGGAGACUCUGGCAUCAGAUAUUCUAUCUUGAUUUUCGCACUGCUUCGUCCCAAGGAUUGCCGCCUUUUAUAACAGCUAAUUCUUUUACCACAAGGCUACCAUCUAAUGUGAAUGAUGAAGACCUGGUUCCAGGGCAGGCCCCAUUGCCGGACCAAUAUGACCCGGGGCAGUUCACUGAUAUGACUAUGCAACUGGUUCGUCUCAACGGAAUCCAUUGCAUGCAGCAAUUGCUCCACAAAAUAUCUCUGAGACAGUCGCCUGACAUCAGAAGUUCUCACUUGGAAUCUUUUGCCAGUCACGGCUCCGUUUCCCAGCCAGAGGCUGAUGAAGAGCAAGAGAUGCGGAUUCUAAUUGAGACAACACUGGAGAAGAACCAAAUGUUGUAUCUCUGUCACUGUGAUUCUAGUAUUCCUCUCCAUCGUUGUGUCUUGAAUCUCGCCAAUCACAUCAAAUGGAAGUUUUGGAUUAUUUUUUACUACCAAUUCUCAAACGGAAAUUACUGUCUGUUACCUCCGGUGUUGAAAACUUUGAUCUUCUCCCAAUCUCUCAAUCUGCUGGAAUCAUACAUCCGAAUGAGACAUGAUCAAGGAUUUGAUUCCUUUCACUGGAUCCUUGACUCACAUUCAGGACUCCAUGCCACUUCCUACAUCAUAUGUCAACUUCAGAAUUCCGAAUCUCAGCCAGAUCCAGAGCUAUUGCGGCGGGGAAGGCAGACGCUUCGAGCUAUGCGGGGUCUUCACGCCAAUAGUGAUAGCAGAGUGUGGUCAUUCUUAAAGAAUAAAAUUGACCACGUUUUGUCCCCGGCGCCUGACCAGACCGAAGUUUCUGAUUUGCCCGACUUGCCCGACCCCGGGGGCUUCGACCCUUCAUUCAUGAUGGCGGAUAUGGAUUUUUCUAGAAUUGAUGACUGGCUGACACACCCAGAGGAUAUUACCUGA